AUGUCACUGAAGACCCAGCUACAAUUGCAUCCAACGUCGUUUUUGCUAUGGCGGAGAUUGCUCGAAGAAAGCCCCACAGACGAAAACUACCAGCUAGCAUACUAUCGCACACAGUACGAUGUGACAAACAACUACGAGAUGUGGGGACUCUACUAUAAGCAUUGCAGAAAUAAGAUCCACGAUGCUGCAAGCCUUGACCAGCUUUGGCUUCAACAGUUGCGAAUACCGAGCUUAGACUACGAAAGCCUUUUGAGUGACUACUCCAGGUUUGUGUCUGAUCACUUUGGAGAAAAAUACACAGAUAAAAUGAAAGAGAUACUUCAAAUAAAGAAAAAAGUGACACAGAUACUAGAGAAAAUCGAGCCUUGGGAGCUCCAAAGACAGGACAGAAGUCCAGAAUACUGGAUUGGCUAUUUGAAAGCAUUGCACGGAAGCAAAGUGCUAGACAGAGUGACCAAAAAUCGCCUAAUUCAGUGCACCGUGGAAAGAAGUCUUAGCAUCCAGGUUUUUGUGCCAGUAAUCCAAACCUAUCUGUCAUUCAACUUGGAGGUGGAUGAAUUGGCGUUUUGGGAAAGAGUGGUCCAAAUUGAGCCCUCCAAUGUAGAAGCGUGGAUCCAAUACAUCCAUGACUGUUUCCCGGAUCAAUUCCAAAGAGCACGGUCUCAGUUCAACAGCUACACCGAUCUAAAUUUGGCACCUGUCUUUUGUGAAAUUCUGCGAAUGGAACUUCGUAUGCUUAAAGAGAAUCCUGCGAUGGCGCAGCCACUUUUGAUGGAAGAUACAUAUAAUUAUUUUUCAAGAGCCCUGAAAGCAGGGGACAUAUUCCACACUGCCGCAAAAUUGUGUAUUGAGGUUCAGGAGGAAAUGGGAGACAUUGAUCGCAUCACAAAUGAUUUUUUACUCCCCUUUUUGGAGGCUUUUGACAGUCAAACGGACGUAUGGCUGUAUGCUAUAGACUUUGAAAAGAGGCACGGCAAUCUUAGACAUGUGACAGAUUUAUUCAAAAAAGCUAUGGAUCUUGCCGAGAGACUGGAUUGGCCUGAGCGGCUAGCUGCUGAGUGGAAAAGGUUCGAACUUCUCAAAGGCACGGAUGAAAGUCAAGAAUUUUGCACUGAAGUUUGCGGACUCGCACUGUCACGGAUCAAAGAAAAAAAAAGACGACUCUCAGAGCUUGAAGUGGGACAGAAGCUAGAACUGUCGCAAAAUAAGAGAAGAGCACACGAGGACACUGCCGAAACAAAGCCAAGGAAACCAAAACCCGAGACCCGAGAUCGCGAACACCUAACUAUACUGGUAGCUAAUCUGCCCCCUUCGAUUGAUGAGACGGCAUUGACAGAUAUAUUCAGCUCAUGUGGGAAGAUUCGUAGCGUCUCUCUUUUCGAUGGGAAGGCGACUAUUGAAUUUUCAGACGAACAAGGACUGUUGUCAGCUAUGAAGAAAAAUGGCAAAAUAAUUGAGGACUCGCCGAUCGAGGUGGUGCAUCUGCAGAAUAACACGCUUUGGGUUGCAAAUUAUCCUCCCGAGAAAACUGUGGAGGACCUGAAGAAGAUUUUUGGACAGUACGGCGAAGUAUUGGCCGUUAGACUGCCAUCGUUGAAAAGCAACGUGCAAAGACGUUUUUGCUACGUUGAAUAUUCGUCUGAACACGAUGCCGCGUCCGCUAUGAAAGUAUUGGAUGGCCAUACGAUACAGGGGAAAACUGGUGAUUACAAAUUGACAGUCAAAAUCUCGAACCCUGACGCCAGACAAGAUCGCAAGGGCGCACUGGAAGAGGGUAGACAAGUGUAUGUUAGUGACUUGGACUUUUACAAGGUCGACGAGGAUAAGUUAAGCGAGGAAUUCUCAAAAUAUGGUGAUAUUGAAUUAAUCCGCAUUCCUGUGAAACGUGAUGGAAUGAGCAAGAAGCUUAACAACGGAUUCGCAUUUGUUUCCUUCAAGUCCAGCUCCGAUGCCGUUAAGAGUCUGGAACUGGAUGGCAAGUUGCUGGCUGGAAGACCAAUGAAGGUCGAACUAGCCACCCCCAAGAAAAAGAAAGUUUCUGUUAUCGGAACAGGGAAGUUUGAUAAAGCUAGGACAAUCUCGGUGCUCAAUGUUGACGACAAGAUUAGCACAGAGAAUCUCAAGACUACUUUCGAAGAAAUAGGGCCAGUCACCCAGAUAGAGUGGCAACCUGCGAACAACGCGGCCUUGGUUGAAUUUGAAAGUGUGAGAAGCUCUGGCAUGGCAGACUUCAAGUUCAACGGCCGCAAGAUCGGCGACACUACUGUCAGAAUUGGCACCUUUCAAGACUUCUUGAAACUGAAGAGGAACAAGAUUUAA